AUGAAACACAUUGACUCUAACACUAUACCUGCGAAAAAAAUCAAGAGAGAACUGUCACUUACACCACACGAAGAACAGUCAGAAGAUUGCAAAAUUGAACUGAUUUGUGAACCCUGUCAAGUCAAAUUGACGUCCAUGACUUCACUUCGCCAACAUCAAUCCGGGAAGCGACACAUGGCAGUAGUAAAUGCCAGAAUGCAACAACAAGUUUUUGCACCCGAUAAGAAUUUCACUGACGUUGAUGAUAGAAAUUCGAUUCUUUCCGCCACUGCAGCUCACAGUGCUGACAAACCUGAGCUAAUAACGCCGAUGGAUUUAAAUGACCCGUUCAUCCGUCCAGGAGAUAAUUCACAAGGUUCUGCAAUGUUCACUCCACUAAUGGCUUACUUUUGUCACUUAUGCAAUGUCCCACUUCCUGAUAGAUUGUCCAUCGCGCUUCAUAUAAAAGGAAGAAGACAUCAGUCACUCCUGCGUUCACUGUCUGCCAAUCAGAAUAAAGAAAAUCAGUUGGUAACACCUCCGUUGGAAGUAAACAACACAGUAUGCCGCUCAAAUACGCCAUUUUAUGAUAAUCCGUCCACUAUUGUCCCACGGGAAGACGAGAUGAAACAGAAAUUCGUGGAAACUUGGGUUUCUAAUGCGACACCACAUUCCGAUUCCGGCCCGAAUGUAACACCUCUAUCAGCAAUAGAUCCGUUGGCUAUCAAGAACACAGUACGUCGUGUAUGUCUGACUCAGAUUUUAUCGCUUCUGGGAGCCCAACUCGAAACGGGUCAAGCGACCGCUCUACCGGACAAUCAGUUAUUGGCCUUGAUCAGCAGAAAGUGUACGGAUUCCUUGUAUGCGUCAAAUGAUUUGGACGAGAACAGCAGUUGUUCCCCAUUAUUGACCAAACUCAUUCAGAGCAGUUUAUUGAUGUCCUGGUGUCAACAAUUAACUUCUCUCUGA